AUGGCGGGCUUUAGAAGCGAAGCUCACAUACUACCCUAUCCCAUCGACACACUCGACAAGAGACAAUAUUACACCUGCGGCUCCGGCCAAAUCUACAGAGACGGACUUUGCUACGAACGUGGCGCAUGGUACUGGUGGGGACGCUGGGUCCUCGCCGCCGUUGUCGUCGGAAUCGCACUCUUGGUCCUCAUCUUGUUAGGUUGCUUGAACUCCCGCCGUCGCAGAAAGCGUGGCGUCCAGCCCUUUUAUGGCACCGGCUGGAUGAGCAACAACAACAAUAACAACAAGCACAACCAGCAGGGCACCUACGCCUACAACCAACCGUACAACGGCCAGCAGCAGGGCUACGGUGGCUACCCCCAGCCGGGCGGCGCCUAUCAGAAUCCGCCGCCGGCCUACGGGCAAGCCCAGCAGCAACCUCAGUACACGGGCACCACGUUCAACCCCAACGACGGAUACUAUGGCGGUCAUAACGAGGGUAUUCAAUUGCAGCAGCCGAAGAAUGCGUACCAGCGAGACUCGUACGCCCCGCCCGCCGGCCCGCCGCCUGGAAAGUAG